AAAAAGCGCUAGCAAUAAGACCAAACGCUUUGCUAUUGUCCAAGCGGAAAGAGCCAAGUUUAUUAUGAGGACUAUAUGCUCUAGAGACCUCGGGCUAGGCGGCUCUUAGGGGGCUUUUCAUAAAACAGGGCUAGGUUCCUAUAAAGGAGGCCAGUUUUGGAGCAGGCGCUGAGCAGUGAACAUCGACCCACCGUCCAGCCUUCUUCCAACCAGUUCAAACCAAACAAGUCAUCUUUCCCCCCAAACUCAGACCGCGCGUUAUCCUCAUUUUGAUUUUUUAUUAUUUUUUCCCCUUCAAACCCAAUUUUUGGGUGCUUUUCUUUUACUUUUUUUUCCAGGGAAGUGCAGCUUUCUCACACUACCGAGCCUUCUCAAAUGUAUAAAAUGGAGUAUUCUUACCUAAAUUCCUCUGCCUACGAGUCAUGUAUGGCCGGGAUGGACACGUCGAGCUUGGCAUCGGCCUAUGCGGACUUCAGUUCGUGCAGUCAAGCCAGUGGGUUUCAGUACAAUCCCAUCAGGACCACUUUCGGGGCCACCUCCGGCUGUCCGUCUCUCACGCCGGGGUCCUGCAGCCUGGGGACCCUGCGGGACCACCAGAGCAGCCCGUACGCCGCAGUUCCAUACAAACUCUUCACGGAUCACGGCGGACUGAACGAGAAGAGAAAGCAGAGGCGCAUCCGGACCACGUUCACCAGCGCCCAGCUGAAGGAGCUGGAGCGGGUUUUUGCAGAAACACACUACCCGGAUAUCUACACCAGAGAGGAGCUGGCACUCAAAAUCGAUCUGACUGAAGCCAGAGUGCAGGUGUGGUUCCAAAACCGGCGUGCCAAAUUCCGCAAGCAGGAGCGCGCAGCUGCAGCGGCCGCAGCGGCUGCCAAGUCCAGUUCUGGAAAGAAGUCAGACUCAAGAGACGAAGACAGCAAAGAGACCAAAACCACCGACCCUGACAGCACAGGAGGACCGGGCCCGAACCCGGUGCCCACCUCCAACUGCGGCGGACCGAGCCCCACCGCAGGCCAAGUCAACACCACCGGGAACGGACAGGUGGACCAAGUGAAGACCUCCGUGUCCACCGGCAUGGGAGUGACAGCACCGAGCCAAGGCUGGGCCACCGCACCGGGGACCAUCACCUCUAUCCCGGACUCAUUGGGCGGGCCCUUCGCCAGCGUACUGUCGUCUUUGCAAAGACAGAACGGAGCCAAAGCUACAUUAGUAAAGACCAGCAUGUUCUAAUGAAGCUUCACAGCGGGGGAGAGAAAAAACAGAGCAGAGGAAAAGAGAUGUUUCCUCCUUCUGCGGAGACUGAAAAGCAAUCGCCCAAGACAGACUUAAGGACAAUAAAAAGCAGUUAGGAAAAAAAAAAGAUGACUACUGUUAUUUUAUUUUUACGCCUUGCGCCAUUUCUUGUGGUCAGUUUUUGCUGUAAAAAUAUCCAUCUUGACAAGUCAGACUGUCUUAAAAAUAACGUUUUUCCUUUCUUUGAACAAGUGCUAAUUGGGUGAUAUUUGUACUUGUUUCCAGACAGGUAAUCCUGAAAAUUAAGGUUAAAAAAGACACAUUUUCUCUACUAAUACUAUGAAAAUAACACAUUUAUCACGUGUAAAUUCGAAACAAGAUCAUCCCAAACUUGUUUAAAGAAAAAGACUGAAUAUUGGAUCAAAUGGCUUGUUGAGAUGACUAUUUUUUUUGUCCAGAUUUUGAGCAAACGUCGGCGCUCUGGAAACGCGUAGUGCCAUCAGCGAGCAAAGGAGCCUCGUUUAGUCAGUUAAAUGUCAGAGAUCAACAGCUGCUUUGUUUGGCACAGAGACGUUUAAUACCCGCGACUUGAGGAUGCUCUCCCACACAUCCACGAAACAAGAAAUAUCCUACAAGACGCUGACGCAUUCUGCUUUUUCGUUCUCUAUAGACACGACCUGCUGUGUGGAAGCGGCCUCUUACAGCUGCGUUUUUCUUUCUUUCUAGGGCUGCUGAGAGUUUAGUUUCUUUAAAUUAUCGAUAUAAACACAAUUAUUUCCUCGAGAAAAAAAGGCACAAACUACUGCAAUGUUCACCUCUGACAGGAAAAUCUGUAUGUUUUGUGUGUCUUUCUACGGCAGUGUUUUUGUGGCUCAAAUUGUAUAGUGUUAAUACGUAUUAUUGUCUCCUAUAGUUGAACCAUAGGCCAUACUCCCUCGUAGAUCGAUCAUACAAGUCUUUUUGAUGUUUUACAAAAUUCCCUCGGAAGAAUUUAUUUUGGGUAAAAGGAAAAAAUAAGGGAAUGGAUGCAAACAUUGUAUUUAUUUCUAUAUAAUUUGCAUGUUGUCUCUUUGUCUGAUUUUACAAUGAUUUCCCUCCCAUUUUGUGAGCAUUAUGUAACAUGUUUUGUCCAGGAUCUGAAAGUUAUUUAUAUGUAGGUAAUGAAUGCUUAUAUUUAAGAAGGAAAUAUUUCUACAUGUGCACAUAGUUUUCCAGGUGUACCAUUGAAAUGAUUGUUGAUGAUAAAAAAAAAAAAUAGUUCACGUUGA